AUGGGGCACCGCGCUCCGGGUCCAGGGGGCACCGAGGGCAGUGGGCACCGAGCACCGGGAGCAGGGGGCACCGAGCACCGGGAGCAGAGGGCACCGAGGGCAAUGGGCACCGAGCACCGGGAGCAGGGGGCACCGAGGGCAGUGGGCACCGAGCACCGGGAGCAGCGGGCACCACUCACCGGCGCCCGGGCUGCCCCAGCCCCUUCUGCCUCCCCUGCUGCGGGCGGCGGCCCCGCCCCCCCCGGGGGGGAUGUUGGUGGGCGCUGUAGGUUGAUGAGAGCUCCCCAAGUUGUGGGAAAGACCAGCCGGGAGCAGCCUCCGGGGACAGCGAGGCGGCAAAACAGCCCCCAGCUCCCCGGGCAGGGCGUUUUCCACCCGCUCAUCCCACCCGGUGGUGCUGGGAGGGGUUCGGGGUUCGGGAGAGCAUCCCGCUUCCCAAGGCUGAAGGGGUUUUUCAUUCCGAGGGACCAUCUCUGCCCCAUCCUUGAUCUGCCCGACUCGCUGCAGCCCAUCGUAGUGAAAGAUUCCUUCAGGGAGCCGGUGGAUGAGGUCCUGCAGAUCCCCCCCUCGCUGCUGACAUGCGGCGGGUGCCAGCAGAACAUCGGGGACCGCUACUUCCUGAAGGCCAUCGACCAGUACUGGCAUGAGGACUGUCUCAGCUGCGACCUCUGCGGCUGCCGGCUGGGGGAGGUGGGAAGGCGCUUGUACUACAAGCUGGGCAGGAAGCUCUGCAGGAGGGACUAUCUCAGGCUCUUUGGCCAAGAUGGCCUUUGUGCCUCCUGCGACAAGCGAAUCCGGGCUUACGAGAUGACCAUGAGGGUGAAGGACAAAGUGUAUCACCUCGAAUGCUUCAAAUGUGCUGCUUGCCAGAAACAUUUCUGUGUUGGGGACAGAUACCUCCUCAUCAACUCAGACAUAGUGUGUGAACAGGACAUCUACGAGUGGACUAAGUUAAAUGGAAUGAUCUAGCAAAGACAUGACUCCGUGGUCUACAAAAGACAUCUCAUGGGUGACACCGCUGCGUAGGUGCAGUGAGGAGACCAUCACUGGAGCUUUGGGCUUUGGCUAAAUGGGGGGAAAACACCACGGAGUCAGCCCUUUUCAGGCAGUGCUAUGUAGAAUCUAAACUACACCUAGGUGAAGAAGGGAGAUGGAAGCACUAGUAGAUAGGCUGACUUCUCUUAACAAAGGUGUAUGGACAAUAACUGACGUCCGCCACGUAGGCGAGAGCUGGGGAACAAACCCAAGGGGAUGACACGUUCUCCCAACUGGAAAAAAAUCAACAACAUAGGGACUUCUGUAAAGAGAUGUGAUGACUUUGUCACCUGCAGACUAGGAUUGUGCAAUUGAAUUUGCUUUUUGUCUUGUUUUAGUUACUGAGUUUAGACA